GGCUCAAGACGUCUCGCCCGAUGAUGGCUAUUCCAUAAUUUAUUCCGUGGGAUCUGCAGACUAACAUUCACGUGCGGUUAAUAUGAUCUCAGUUGUUCUUAAUGUUCCGGUUCCUGGAAUCCGAUCCAGGCAAGAACACCCACCACGGCUUCCAUCCGAGAGGUAUAAAUUCGCAGUGGGGCACCACCAAAAGAGUUCGAGGAUUUUGCACCGAGGACCAGAGGCCACGAACAGGACACGUGGCGCCAACCCAGUAUGACCCAGCGACGACUAUAGAACUCCGUGAGGAACAAGAAAAAUGGAAAGAGAAUGAAUCUGCAGUGAUUCUGCGAUUUGGCUGCGACUGCUGUCAGAGGUAGAGAACGAGAAUAUCGUGGUGGACAAUGACCCCCAUUUUCAAGCAUCUCGAAGAACUGUAAACAAGCAAAAGCAGAACCGGAAGUUUCGUUCUCAGUUCCUGAGGGGAAGGAGCUGUUUCGAUCCUUCGUUUCAAUUUGCCAUUGCAGAGCUUCGGGGUCUGCUUUUACAGAGGAGCCUUCUUCUUUUUCCUGAAGAAAGGCUCUGUUUUCGCGGCUUCUCCUUUUGCUUUUGCUUUUGCUUUUGUUCUUUCUUUUCCUUUGCUUUUCCUCCUUUGGGUCAUCGAGUCUUGCUCGCUGGAGUCCGGAUUUCUUGGGGAAGAAGAUGAUGAGGCUGUGGAUGCUGGGGCUGCAGCUGUCGGAGCUGUGCGUGAGCUCGGUGGUGCAUUUGCUCUACGGGUUUUAUAUAUUCAGCUCGGCCGUGGCCGGUGAUCUCUCACAGGCGUUGUACGACUGUCUCUUCUUCAGCUCGAAGUAUAACGUGGAAACCCAAGAAGUUCCCAGAGCUACCUCAUCGCCAUCGUCAUCUACCAAUGUCGAUGGUCUUCCUCCAAUCGUCCUGCUUCACGGUAUUUUCGGAUUUGGAAAAGGGAAAUUGGGAGGCUUGUCCUAUUUCGCCGGGGCGGAGAAGAAAGAUGAGAGAGUUCUGGUGCCUGAUUUGGGGUCUCUCACCAGCAUUUACGAUAGGGCCUGCGAACUCUUCUAUUAUUUGAAAGGCGGGCAGGUUGAUUAUGGCGAAGAACACAGUAAAGCCUGCGGGCACUCACAGUUCGGACGGAUUUAUGAACAAGGGCAUUACCCCGAGUGGGAUGAAGAUCAUCCUAUUCAUUUUGUUGGGCAUUCGGCAGGAGCGCAAGUUGUUCGCGUUUUGCAACAGAUGCUAGCUGAUAAGGCAUUUAAGGGAUAUGAGAACACUUCUGAGAACUGGGUUUUGAGCAUUACUUCAUUGUCUGGAGCUUUCAAUGGGACCACUAGGACCUACUUGGAUGGAAUGCAACCUGAGGACGGACAAUCCAUGAAACCAAUCUGUCUGCUUCAGCUUUGCCGCCUUGGAGUGAUAAUAUACGAUUGGUUCGACAUUCCUUUGCUCAAACGUUAUUACAAUUUCGGAUUCGAUCACUUCAACAUGUCGUGGAAAAAAACGGGCAUAUGGGGUCUGGUCGACUGCCUAAUGGGGAAUGCUGGCCCAUUCGCUUCAGGGGAUUGGAUUCUCCCUGACCUCACAAUCCAAGGAUCAAUUCAACUCAACAGUCAUCUAUGUACUUUUCCCGACACAUACUACUUCAGUUACGCUACGAAACGUACUCGGAAGAUCAUGGGAGUCAUCGUUCCCUCGAGCAUACUUGGGAUCCACCCUUUGCUUUUUAUAAGGGUGUUGCAGAUGAGCCAAUGGCGUCAUCCUCCAGAUGUUUCUCCACCUUACAAAGGUUACAGGGAUGAGGAUUGGCGGGACAAUGAUGGAGCGUUGAACACCAUAUCUAUGUCAUACCCGCGUUUCCCAGUUGAACACCCGAGUCGUUUUGUUUUGAGCGAUUCCGAAUGCCAACCUCUGCAGCCUGGAAUCUGGUACUACAAGAUUGUGGAAGCAGAUCACGUCUUUUUCAUCAUAAACCGGGAGAGAGCCGGAGUUCAAUUCGACCUCAUGUACGACAGCAUCUUCGAACGCUGCAGAAAGCACGUUUUCAGGAAAAACCCACCUACACUUCCCGAUCAAGCCCACCAAUAGCAUAGAAACAUUCAAAGAGGUAGAAAUGUAUGAGGAAACCAAUGCGGUUCGCGCGCCGAUAUAUUGCAUCUUUUUCAUGGUGACGUAAAUGCAGAUUCCAUCGUCCUAA